CCGCCGUCCAGCAGCAGUCAACAGGGAAAGUCUCGGGAUAUGCAGGGAACAUUUGGGGAAAUCCUUCUUUCUCUUCGCCUUCCAGCAACACUGAAGAUGGUAGUAAUGGCGGCGUGCAAUUGUGUUUCGUCGAAUGGGACAGUGCAAGCGCACUGCAGUUAGCGCAAACAUCGUGCCCAGAGCCAAGGGCCCGAGUGAGUCCACUUCAAGCAGAGCAACGGUUUCGGCAGCCCCGUCGGUAGCUACUCCGUCCUGGACAAGUACUACCACGUUUGACUCGUUUCCGAAGCGUUUACUAAGCCUAAAAAGAGGUUUGGCUCGGCAGUUUGUUUUGGACCUUCAUGUCGAACUUGUCAAUCGCUUUGAUCUGUCGGAGGUGAAAUAACGUUUUCUGCGUUCAUCUGGAACGCUUUAUGCGGCCCGCGGGUCUCUGGCAGCCCCCCCUCCCCCCUUCCCGAACAUCGGCUCGCGACAAGUGGCCGCCGCGCUUAAUGCGUCGUCGACAGCCCGACUGCGAGUCGUCCAUGCAAGCACCCCUGCAGCUUCUCGUGGAUCGCAUGCCUUCCGACCACGGUUGCCAAGGAAACUGCCAUCGGACAUACGCUUAUCCCUCACAGGACUGACUCUCAUAAGCUUGACUUUUACGCCAAGUGGCAGGCGCAGGGCAGGCCGGAAACUUUCUUGGAGCUGAACUGCAGUGACGCUUGUUUGCCCUAUAUAAGUUCCGUUAGCACAUUGUCGGCGCGUUGCAUUUAUCGCGAGAUUAUGUAGUGAAACAUGUUUGACUCCGAAAAGCCCUUGCUUGCGACUUGACCGAACCUCUGUGCUGUGUAAGCUGUAAGUUUCUGCCAAGCAAAGUUGUCACGCGUUGGUUUUCCUGUGGCAGAAUGAAUGCCUCGCCAGGGUUGCAUUUUAUAGGACUAAGUGAGCAUGGUAGGUUCGGAAACACAGCCGCCUCCGCAGCGGGUGCAGCUGCCCAAGGACGAGUUGGAGCGCCUGUCCAAAGAGGAACUGAUUGCAAAGUGGAAGGAGCAAGAGAGCUACAUAGAGUACUUGGAGGGCCAGGCGGGGAGCUCAGCAGCCAGCAACCAGGAGCUGGUGAGCCUGCGGGAGUCUGAGGAGAAGCUGAAGCAGCAGCAGAUAGAGGCCACACGACGGGAGAAUGUGCUUGUCAUGCGGCUCACCACCAAGGAGCAGGAGAUGCAAGAAUGUGCGGUGGGCACAAGGAAACCCUUGACCGCGCAAACUUUCUCCGGAUCGGGGCAAACACCGGAAGAGUCGACGAGGUGUCCAAGCACACACCAGAUCCAGGCACUGAAGGGUGGAGGCAGUGUGGGCUGGACGCAACAGCUGCGUGCGGCCAUGCUGGACCCGGCCGUCAACUUGCUGUUCGAGCGGAUGCGACAUGAAGUGGACUCUAUGCGUAGCCGCCUCGAGGAGACCCAGAACGAACUGAGCGCCUGGAAGUUCACCCCUGACAGCAACACGGGCAAGCGGCUGAUGGCCAAGUGCCGGCUGCUCUACCAGGAGAACGAGGAGCUGGGCAAGAUGAUUUCCUCGGGCCGCAUGGCAAAGCUCGAGGGUGACCUGGCAUUGCAGCGUAACUUCAGUGAGGAGAUGAAGAAGAGCCAGACUGAGCAAGAUGAGUUCCUGCUGGAACUGGACGAGGAGGUGGAAGGCAUGCAGAGCACUAUCUACCUGCUGCAGCAGCAGCUGCGUGAGGCCAAGGAGGCGCGGAUGCAAGCCGAGCGGAGGCUGGCCAGCGAACGUGGAGAUGAGCCCGUGCUCAAUGGGCAUGUUGCGGGCUCUACUGCAAGCACACCGGCUGCUGCUCCGCAGCCAGCCAGGGGCGGAAAGCGCACGACAUCGCGGGCAACGCGGGCAGCACCUCGGCGAAGUGCUGCACCUCGGACUCGAAAGCGCGCACGAGAGCAGGGUGCGGACGGGCCAGAUGCCAAGGUGCCUUCGGCACUCGAGAUAGACGCAGACACGGAGGUGCAGGUGGCACAGACACUUGCCUACCUGUUUGUGGCUAAUAAAGAGCGCCAGCAGGAUGGCUCAUCUGACUCUGCCGCAGCCGAUGACGCGCAGGACCUCUAACGCCACGGGCAGACUUGUAAAAUAGCAUCUCGUGUGAGCGCCAUUUCUCAUUGUGUGAGUGUGACACUGGAGGUGCGCGCAUUCUUAGUGAGUGCAAGUGGGGGUGUUUGGGAAAAUCACUUGUUCAUGAUUUGUGGUAUCACUGUGAGAAAUAAACUGACUGAUGAAGUGUA